AUGGCCUCUGUUUUCGUCCAAAGUGUCGUAGCAACACGAAUCCAGGUCAGCCCUUUUUGCAGAACAGUGCGGCGAACCAGAAUCCUUUGCAAUUCCAUGAUCAAUGGCGCAACCAACUGGCAUGACGCCAUAGGAAAUGCCAUUAAUGCAACACUAUCUCAAGCUAAGGAACUCCAAUCAAAGAAUGAGUUGAUUGCACCAGCAGUUGGUAACUUGUCACCUGCAGCAAAAAAGUCCCUUCAAGGAACAUGCAAUGAGUCUUUCCAGACCAUAAUUGAUAUGCUUCAGGAGGGACAAGUUGCUCUUGCAGCUGGUGACAUUGCCACAUUGCAAACUAAAUUAAGCGCGGCCUUAGAUACCGAGUGUGAUGAUGAACUUUCUAACUUUGGUGCUACGUUCCCUCUAGCCAAUCUGUCUAAACAACUUACAAAGAAAGUGUCCGUCUGCUUGGCUAUAACGGCACAAAAUGUGGUUGCAUGA